ACAUCACCGGAGCUCACUCGCGGUCUCUCUCUCUGUGAGACGGUCUCUCUCUCUCUCUCUUCAGGCUCUGAGGGAUCGAGAUUUUCUCACCAAAAAGUACACUGCGUGCGCUCUCACGACCGCGGGCAUCCACUCUCCCAAAGGACUUGGGCUGGACUAUUACCAAAAACAGGGGAAAAUCGGAUUUUUGUCUUGUUUAAAUUUAAGGAUAUAGGCGUCAUCACUGAAAGUGAUAAGUAGUUUAUAUUUGUACAGUUGUAAGGAGUCGCGAAAUGGAACACACAGUUGGUAGUUUGUUUUAGCCGACAAAGGACACAUCCGAGAACAAGUCAGGGUCGCGUUUUUGCUUUAAUGGUAAAUCGGUCUGUUGGGAUGAACUUACAGUGGAGCAGCCCGGUACCGUGCAUCCGCACCGGGAGAGUCGCUCACAAGCGGCUGGACUCAGACGAUCAGCCUUUGGCCAAAUGCGCCAGGCUGAGCGCCGAGUCCGGAGACUCACCGGGACUCCUCGGCACGUCGCCCGGGUCCCCGGUGAGCCCUGUUCCCGUCACUGUCCCUGCGACUCACCAGGGACCCUCCAGGAUAGGACCGUUUCUGCUUCUACCUCUGGCCGACCGGGAGGGCAUGCACAGCGCACUGAACACCGAUACGGGGGAUGAGCUAGUGUGCAAGGUCUUUGACAUGGGGGUUUACCAGGAAAAGAUCCGAGCUUAUGGCGUCUUACCAGCCCACAAGAAUGUGGCCGGCAUCAGGGACAUUGUCCUUGGUGAACGCAAGGCCUACGUGUUCCUGGACAAGGACUUUGGGGACAUGCACACCUUGGUGAAGGGCUGCCGCAGGCUGGACGAGGAGCAGGCCUCCCGCCUCUUCCGUCAGGUGGCGCUGGCUGUGGCACACUGCCACCAGAAUGGCAUUGUGCUGGGAGACCUCAAACUCCGCAAGUUUGUCUUCGCCGAUGAGAAAAGGACCCAGGUGAGACUGGAAAGCCUUGAGGACUGUCGCGUCCUGGAAGACCCACGGGACGACUCCAUGUCCGACACCCACGGCUGCCCCGCCUACGUCAGCCCAGAGAUCCUCAGUGGCUCCGCCCCUUACUCUGGCAAGAUGGCCGACAUGUGGAGCCUGGGCGUCAUGCUGUACACCAUGCUGGUGGGCCGCUAUCCCUUCCACGACCCGGACCCGGCCACAUUGUUUUCUAAAAUCCGCAGAGGCCAGUGUUGUGUGCCGGAGGGCUUGACGCCCAAGGCCAAGUGUCUGCUGCAGAGCCUGCUGAGGAAAGAUCCCUGGGAGAGACUCACGGCGAGCGAGCUGCUCGCUCACCCGUGGUUCCACCGGCCGCGGUCACCACAGGAAGUGGCGCUGGGUGAACAGGAAGUGAGCCUGGCGGAACAGACAGUGCCAUCCUUUGACGUGGAAGAGGAUGAUGAUCUGUUCUGCUGACAGACUUGAUGUACCUGAACUCCUCUGUUUGGCUGAGGGACCAAACAAAAAAGACUAUUGCUAUGAGGGAUUCAUUGUUUUGUUUUGUUUUAUUUUGUUUCAUUUUUUUUUUUUACAUUUGGCACUUUUUAGGACCCCAUUUGUGUACUGUUGUGUAUCCACACACCCUCAAGCUUCCUACAAAAACGUACUGUAUUUUGUUGUCGUGUAUGUGUUACUUGCUAAGGGCAUUGAUCACAAUGAUCAUUCAUUGUGUGUUUCUGUAUUUGCGUGUUUGAAAAUCAUUUGGUGCUAAAACAAACAAAAAAAAAUUUACAAGGAUUAUAAAAUUUGCUACAUUAUGGUAACAAAAUCAUCUCUCCGGGCUACACAGAGAGUGUGUCACAGAAAAUGUAUCCAUCGGCACAACAGUGGUUACUAAUGGUUUCUCUCACCCCUGACUCCAAAGGAUUCAGGAGGCAUUAGAUAAUGCAGGGCAGAGAGACGAGGAGACACUCUCUGCCCGGGCUGCAGGCACCGCUGGCUGACUCACUGCCCGGCUGGAAGGAGACCGCGGCACAAGUGCAGCGCCUCACAACAGGCAGUGAUGUGGAGUGAGAAAGAUGGUUAGCAUAGGAUUUAUGUGUCACACUCAAUGGGACGCUAAGAAGGUGUCUCACUGCCAAUCUGGCACAUUCUCAGCAAGGGGAGAGCAUUUACACGUCUGCCAGCGUGCGCGGAGGGCUGAGGAGGGCACAGUGUGGCAGGAAGAGGGAGGAGGAAGGCUUUGUUUGCUGCACACAUCCAACCUUAAACGAUAAGUGGCGUCAGGCUGCCUCGAAGGCUUUUUAACCGACUAACAGAGGAAGACAUACCAAAUAAUGCUAUCAGGUUACACUGCAAAGAGUCAGUUAAACAAGAUAAUAAGGAAGCAAGGUAUAAUUCACCUCCUAACCCGAACUUAACCUCCACUCGAACUCUGAAUUCACCAAGGAAAAUGGCAUAGAAACUAAAUAUUUGGCAAAAGGUUUUAAAGGUAUGAAGUUUCAGAGCCUGCAUCUCUCCAGGAAUUGUCUACUUUGACGACAGGGGUUACAUAUCAUGCCUCUUCUGACCUUUUUAAUUAUUUGGCUGGGCUGACGGAGCAUUCUCCAGUGAUGCUUGAGUGCAAAUAGCCACGGCCGAGCCGACACUAACUGUUCUCGUGCAGGGAGCAAAUCUGAUUUUACGUCAAACAGCUGUGGCCACAUACCUGUGCGGCGACAGAGGCGUGCCACGUUAGGACUCAAGUUGAAGAAGUGAGGGAGCUGUGUGAAACGGUGCGUCCUGCCAGCACUGACAUGAACUAUCUCUCAAUCCAACACUGUGUAUUUAUUUGCCUCAAGACAUGUGGCGUACAUCCAGCAGCAGAGCAUUCAAAUUCGUCUAGGAAUCUGAAAUAUUAAGGGAGUAUAAAGAGUUUUCAGUCAUUUGUUUCUGCUGGAACAUUUUGUGAAGCUCUGUCGCCUGAACAGACCGGAGCUGUGCUGAGUGUUGUGCCCGUAUUACUGUGUUUCAUAAACUGAAUGGCUCUGAAUCAGUCACAGCCAGGCGGUAUUUGAUGUCGGUAGACUGAUGAUGACUCAACACUUCAGUGUGUCUGUAGAGAAUAGUCCUGACCUUGGCUCAAAGAAUCUGUUCUGACUGUUUCACCUCUUUAAUGGUACAGUUUUUUCCUUUUUUUUUUUAUUUUAUUUUUUUAUUUUUAUUUUUUUUUGCUUGCCAUUAAAAGCCGGGCAUCCAUGGAGACUAGUCACCACAGUCGGUGACAAUGAUGCGCCAUGUUCUGAAAAAUAUUUUUAUGUUGCAUUGUGAUAGGCAGAUCCAGCAUUUCAGUGACGUCGGGCCUAUAAGACUGCUAUAGGUUGGAAACCAGUGACAUCGUUAUGUAAAAACUGGUUGAUGAUGGUACUAUAUCUGGUAUGUCUGAGAAGCGCUGUGCAUUUGGCUGAUAAAAUUUCCAGUCACAGACACUUUGCUCUCGACUGCCUGGCACAGGUUUGGACUUUUUUUUCGGAGGAUCUAAUGGGUUCCUGUGUGCCAGAUGUGUCGAAUCAAUCACAGAAAAUUAAUUUAAUGGAUUUCUGAUUCUCUCUCUCUCUCUGGUCCAAAUAUAUGUAGAGUGAGUCACACUUUCAUGUGACAUGUCGAGUAAACUGACACGGGUGCACAAAGUUCAUAUUGCACUGUGAAUUAUGUAUUUGUGACAUGACCUGGAGGCUAUCAGUCCACAUAGGUUACACACAAAAAGAUAUAUUCAUUGUACAAAACAUGUAAAUAUGUAUAUUUGAAAUAUGUGUGGAGAUGCUGAAUAAAGAUCACAUUUUUUUCAUAUU